GGCAGCGUGAUUGAUCUGGCCAGGUGGGGCGAGAUCCUCUGCAUCAGGAAUAGACACAGCUUAUACAGGUAGAAUGUCGACAGGACAGCAAGAAAGGGUAGGUCUGAUUUGCUAUAUACUGACACAGGUCCCUGCACCGCAAGGCCCGCUACCCAGCGUGCACCGUCUUAAGUAGUAGAUAGCCCCACAGUGAGCACUGAUCGACGAUCCCAGGGUGAACACUUUGGCCAGCUGACAGACAUUACAGGCUCCGGUCGACGGGCCCAUAAGAGCCCAUCUUGCGCAACACCGUGCGCCAUGACGACAGCGAAGAGCAUGUCCGCCGUUACUCGCAUGAUCAGGCCGAGGACACGUAUCGCACCUCAGGCCGGUCGUGCGCAUCCCCGAGUAGCAUAUUGGCCUCGUUCUGGCUGGCUCUGGCUGGCCGCCCUACCGGGAAUAGACGGGCGAUCGAUGAGCAGCAGUGAUAGACAAAGAGACGCAGAGAAGCCGAAGCCACGUCCGCAUGAGCCGUCCGAGAGUCAAAACUGCCGCAUCCCGCGCGUUACAGUCAUCGAGCGCGUCGCGGCGGUGCGAGAAUUGGCCCAACGCUCCAGGACACACGUCGAGCCCCACAGCGUAUUGACGUGCCGCCCAAGCGAGAAGUCUGGUGCGCACAGCAAAAUCGAAAUACGAAUACGCCCAAGCGCGGGCUCCAGCCUCGCGUACGAUACGUCGCCGUUAUCUGCGCCGCUGAGCAGGACCCCGGCUAAUCCCCUAAGAGCUCUGAUCCCGCGCAGACCCUAUUUCGGGGACGGACUGAAGUCAGCGCGGCGUCGUGUGCGCCCGGGACCGCUGUGGGUGGUGCUUCGGAGAGGCGUGAUAGACGAUAAGCUCGAAGUGGCCGAUGGAGGGACAAAUACAGCGGUAUUGGCUGUCAGAGAGGCGGUGUUGCGGAGCGGGCGGCCACAGAGCGGCGGUAGACCUGGAGAUGUCGGCCGUCGGGAUUCGAGAGACAAUGGACUGUACUUGAUAGAGGAGAGAAGAAGGGUUCGAGAUAAUCAAGGUGGCAGCGCGAAUGGCAGGGCACACCUCCCGGACCGUACAUGGCAGAGCCUGUCGAUCAGUGAGACGCAGCACACACGUCAGGGAGCACUAGAGCACUCGCCUGGGUCACCCGGCAGUUGGCUCUUCGACACUUGUAUCACCACGCGGGUGCCGGAGGGCCCGCAGCGCGUCUUCCUCUUUCUGCGUCGAGCACUGCCGUUCCCGCUGUUGUACUUUCCCGUCCCCUUCCCUUUUUCUCUCGCUGUCGCCGCGCGACGCGCCGACGCCCACCGCGCAGUCCCCGCUACCUCGCCGUCCUUCGUCACCGCCCGUGUCGGCGCCGCCAACAGCAACACCCCCUCGUCCUCCGACGAGGACGCCCACCUCACGUCUCCCGUCGCAUCCCCCCAGCCCGGGCCCAUCGCCCAGUCCUUCUUCUUCGCAGUCCCCGACCGCUCCUCGUGGUCCUCCAACGACCAGGAGCCCGCAAGCGACUCUGACGUCUCGUCCGCCGCAAACCUCGCUGGCUGGGGCUCGGGUCGUCGCAUGUCUGUCGAGGGCAACCCCGUCAACCGCGUGCAGAUGCGCUCUGUGAUGCAGCCCAUGCUGCCCACUCGCGGCCCCUCUCGCGCAGCCAGUCCUCGCCAGCGCAAUCACCGGCGCAGCAGCAUGGCGACCGAAUACGCUUAUAGCGCCGGCAUUGCGACAGAGGAGGAACUCGCCUCCCCGACGUCGUCCAUUAAUGAGCACAACCCCUUUGGCACGCCCACUGACACGCCCCGCAACAGCAUUUAUGGUGGGCAGGCGCCCAACCUCGCCGCUGCCGCAAACGCAGCACUGGGCGAUAAGAAAACGCCCCCGUCAGCGUACUCCUUCCCCUUCCAGUCGCACCCCGGCAACCCCGACCCUGGACUGUCGGUUCCCGGCCGUCGCACGUCUGCCGAGUCCCUCCGCUCCCGCACGGCUCCUCCAGGCAUGGGUGCGCCGUUGUCACCCAACGUGACCAACGCGACGAACAACAACCCGCUGACGCCUCCGGGAUCUGCAAUGGGCACGAAGCGCCGCCGGUGCCAUGUAAUAUGGAGUCAAAGGGAUGACAGCGCGGGCGGGAUGCAGGAAACAACGCACCGGGACGUGCAUGACGACAGCCGCGGGAACGCGCAGCCGGACACGCGACGCGUGGAGAAACGGCUGGCGGGCAGACGGGCAUGGACGAUCGCGGAUGCGUUUACCCAGCCCGUCGGGACGCGCUAUCAUUCCGCCUGCCCGCACUCAUGCACAGCGCUGUCCACACGCGUUGCGCCUCAAGCAAACAUGAUCUGCUCGCGCUCAUGCGUCUCUGUCCGAGACACGUCCACUUCGCCCUUGCAUUGUUUCGCGCGCCGUCCGCUCUCUCGCAUCCCCGGACGCCCGUCGUCUGGACUACACGCAACACAAAAGCCCGCUGCACAACCCGCGGCAUGGUCCAAACGCGCCCGCGCGCCCGUAGAAGCCCGGCCAAUGACAACGUCAGCGGAGCGCAGCACACAGUGUGAAAUGGAGGACGUACCUGUGGUGUUCUCGACCCCGCCUUCUCGCACGCAUUGCGAACGCGCCGACCACGGGAACCACUCUGAUCAAAUGGGUGUUAGUAUGAGUGCGCGACUGGGUGAAUUGCGUACCGGCCUGCGUGCGGAACCUGAUGCACGACCGCCCUAUACUCGUGCCGUCUUGCGUGCAUGCACUGGGCGGUCUCGCGUGCGAGUCGGCGACGGACAACACAGAGGCUUCCACAUCCAACCUGCGCGUGCGCCUUCAAAUUGCGGGGGCGGUCAGCAUCUGCGCCUCAUAAGAGGCCUGCUAUUGAUUGAUGGCAACGGUAACAGCGACAGCGAUUCUUCAUAUCGCCCCAGGCGAUACGAGCCGUGUCGAUGCGGGGCCGGUAACGAGCAGUUCAGCGUGCAUAUGCACCUGACUGCCAAUGUUACACUACUGUACAUGAUCCCGCUCGCUGAGCCUGAACUCACAGAAUACCGGAACACUCUCGCAUCGCCGGCCAAAGAGACCCGCGUUGUCAAGGGCGUGCCUUCUAAGCUGUGCGACAGACACCCGCUGUCCCAAAUGAUGUCAAUAGCAAUGAGUGUCAACAUCAUGGCAACCAUCAAGGCCAAAGUUCAUCUCUCUCUGUCUCUGUCUGUGAUUGCACUCCGAAUGAUGGCCAAUGGCCGCAAACAUGUCUUUGGCUUCCAAUGGGAUGCUGCAUCUGGUAGCCAAGUAGACGAGAGCACAGAUGGUGGCGAGAUGCUCUGCCAGGCUGGUUCGAGGUGGCUGGUUUGGUCACAGGACCCCCCGCCCGAUGCGUGCAAAUGCGUGGUCACACCUACGAAAGAGCCGCGAAUCGAGAAGCCCAUCGAUGGGUCGAGCGAGCCGAUAUCACUCGCGUGGAAUGGGUCUGCACCACACACAGCGCGUGCAUCGGUGUCGGCAUGCAGUAAGGGCAUCAAAUUCUGCGGCCAGAUGCUCGUACCUGCGCAUGCUGCGGCACACGGCUUGACGUUCUCUGCCCUGCACUCAGCCUCCAGCUCGACGCCACGCGUGCUCGCUGUCGGCGUCCCAGGUAGCAAAACAAUCAUGACGAGAGACAAAGACCUCCACGGCACAAUCUCGCGCUGUGCGCCCCUCGACAUCGUGGGCAACAUCUCGGCGUGUGGCCGCAAACACUUUGAUGAUGGCGCACCUGGAGGCUUUUGUCGGCGAGACGACGGUCCUGCCAUCACACUCGAGUGCGCAAGUCGAGACCCGGAGCGCGCCGCCGCGCUCACAGACCUCAACGCGGGCGACAGCGAUGAGGACGCGCCGCAAACGCUUGCAGCGCAGGCAUCAGACAGCGUGUCGACGUCCACGCUCCAGCGCUUCACAUCGAACCGGCGCGUCGCCGGGGGGCACUUACCGCGUGACCAUGCCGCUCUUCCGCACGCUGCGCUUGUUCAGGAGCACCCAUGGGUCGCGGUUGUCCGGCACAUCGUGCAGGAUCGCGCGCUCCUGCGCAAGCAGCUGGCGUGCGUCGUCCGCACCAGCGGGAGGGUGUACGGGCACUGCUUCUGCGCAUCCGUCAUGUCCCUGUCGCGGCCCGGUCGUCAGCAACAACCCUCUCCCGCCCGCGCGCAGGAGCAGGCACCAGCACCAGCACACGCACAACACCCACCGCGCGAUCUAGUCCUCGCUGUGCCGGCACCUGUCCGCGCGCGAGAUGCGCCGCCACCACGCGGCGCAGAAGACGCGGGCCAUUGGAGUGACCGGCGGCGGUGCUUCUCAGCGCAGCGAUUGGACGCGGGAGCGUCGGGCGGCGUGGCUACGUUGUCUGCUAGGUCAGCCGCGGGCUGCGUGAAGGGUGCCGUGCGGGCGCAAUCGCGCGGAGGCAGCGAGCGGAUCGGGCACGGCGCGCGGGCAUUCGGACAUGGUGAGAGCGCGACCGCGCACAAUGGCAGCGCGCGGUGUUUCGCGCCCCGUGCAGCGUCUUCGCCCCCGCCGCGCAACACAGGACUCGGUCGUGUCGUGCUGACCGGGGGCAGCGCGUGCGCAAAACGGAGCGGGCGCCAUCGCGCGGAGGCGGUGCGAGGCGGCGAGCUGACCGGGCGCGGGGCGCGGGCGUCCGGACAUGGUGCGAGCGCGAACGCGCGCAAUGGCAACACGCGAUGUUGCGCGCCCGGUCAGGAUCCAUUGUGGCAGCGCGCGCCGUUGCGCACCCAGUCAGCAUCCGUUGCGGCGGUCUGCGCCCUUGCUAGCCGGACUGGCUGGGAUGGUGCAGCGCAGCGUCUUUGCCCCGACGCGCAACGCUGGACUCGGUCACGUCGCACUGACCAGGGGCGGCGCGUGCUUCUGCGAUGCGCCAGCGACUCAGCGCGGAGCAUGCUGACCGGGCGCGCACGCAGGACAGAGUCUGCUGGUGGCGGGACGGUGGCGGGACGAUGGCGGGCGAGGAGAGAGCGAUGGGCAGGGCAGCGGGAAUAUUACCGGACGAGACUAGUACUGUAUGAACAUUAG